AUGUCUCGGGAGUAUGCGGUUUUUCAAUGUUAUCAAUGUUCUGCCUUCAGCGUCAAUCAAAUAACAAAGAAUAGAAAAUGGAAAUGCAAGCUUUGUGGGUCCCAACAAAGUAUUCGCAAAAUGUAUGCUACAUCUCACCAACCUAAAGAUCUUCGACCUAUCGUUCAACAAUAUAAUGAGAAAAGAGGAGAAAUUGAACAAGAGUUGAUACAAAACGAGAUGGAGUCGUUAGAUCAUCAUCGCCAUGUUGAAGCAACAACAGAGAGGGCGGAAGUGAUUUACAAACAAUCCACCCAGAGUAAAUGGGCCAAAUAUAAUCCCGAAGCAUCUUCAUCAACAGCACUCCAUCAGCAAUUUUCGGACGAUGAAGAGCAAGACUCUUCUGACGUGCAAGUGAUCACAUCGCUACCACAGAAGGAGAAGAAGAAACGGAACAACACUAGCAAGACUAACAGCUCAUCAGCUAGUUCUAGAAGGAAACGAAAAACCAAGAACAAUGAUGAGGACUCGGAAAAUGAUGACAGAAAUGAUUUGGAUGAUGAUUAUUCAUUCAUCCCUGAUGAAGAUAAGGCUUAUUUUGAACCCUCGCAAAAGAAGACCAAACAAUCAUCUCGCGCUUCAAAAUUGAGUAAUGAAGAUGAUGAUGAUGAAACCGUCCCAUCCAAGCCACCCCCAAAACCAGCGAUCAAAACAACAUCAUCCUCAAAGUGGUCCAAAUACCUUUGA